CCUCGGUACAAGCAUUGCCCAGAUCCAAAAGAACAUACUGAGCCGGAAGCGUUCACUUUCACUUGCAUGACCCAACCAAGACUGCCAUUGGCUAGAUCCACUUCACCACGCCUCAUUGAGACUGGCGCGGAGCUAACCCUAAUCCUGACAUCUAUGAUGCAUUCCACUACCGCAAGCUAACCGUCCCAGGCACCGUGUGUUUGCCAUUGUCUUUACACAAUGCGCAUGUCUCCCGUUACCUUUCGCCUCAUCUUGACUUGAAUCCUUGUAGCAUCAUGCCCAAACCAAGAGUCAUCUACUGGUUCCGAACUGACCUCCGACUUCACGAUUCACCAGCCCUCCAGGCAGCUUUGGAUCUGAAACCAGAAUGUCUUUAUCCCAUUUGGACCUGGGAUCCUCAUUAUGUAUACCGUGCUCGUGUUGGCUCCAAUCGCUGGCAAUUUCUGCUCGACUGCCAAAACGACCUCUCCAAGUCAAUCACCAAACUCAACUCUAAAUCAAAAUUGCUUCUCAUCCGCGAAGCUCCUCAGACGUUAUUUCCCAAGUUGUUCAAAGAAUGGAAGAUCACGCACCUUGUGUUCGAGAAAGACACGGAUGCUUAUGGCCGGGAGAGAGAUGACGAGGUGAAAGAGUUGGCAAAGGAAGCUGGCGUCGAAGUCGUCAUCCGACCUGGGCGCACACUAUACGACUCGGAUGAGCUCGUCAAAGCGAACCACAACAAGCCCACUAUGAGUAUGUCCCAAGUUCAAGCAGCUGGCGCGAAAAUCGGAGACAUUGUGCGACCAAUACCUGCCCCAAAGGCCCUUCCAGACCCAGGGCUCAUAACCUUGAGCUUCAACCAGCAGAAGCCCGCCAGUAGCCCGGAUAUCAACUCCAUCCAACGCGAUGCGGAGGACAAGUCCUACCAUGCACUAGCAGGUCCCAAUCAAGACUUUGCCGUACCCACGAUGGAUGAGCUCGGCCUCAAACCCGCCACUACUCCACACCGCGGUGGCGAGACGAUAGCCCUGAAAAUGCUCGACGAUAUCAUUGCAAACGAAGACUACACCGCCACGUUCGAGAAGCCAAAAACAGCACCCACAGCCUUCGAACCGCAAGCAACAACACUCCUCUCACCAUACCUGCACUUUGGCGCGCUGAGCUGUCGCGAAUUCUAUUGGCGUGCCCAGGACAUAGUCUCCAAAUACAAGGGCAAGGCCUCACAGCCGCCCGUCAGUCUCACAGGCCAGCUCCUUUUCCGCGAUAUGUACUUCGGCGCUCAAGCGGCCCUCGGCUACGUCUUCGGCCAAACCUACAACAACCCGCGCUGCCGCUUUAUCCCCUGGCAUCUACCCUCCGAAAUUGACCCAAACUCUGGCCUUAUCACAGGCAAAUAUCUCGUCGACAACGCCGAAGCAGAAAUCUUCUUCAAGCGCUGGAAAGAAGGCCGCACCGGCUUCCCCUGGAUCGACGCCUUGAUGCGACAGCUCAAGCAAGAGGGCUGGAUCCACCAUCUCGGCCGCCACGCCGUUGCCUGUUUCCUCACCCGCGGCGGGUGUUACGUCGACUGGGAGCGCGGCGCAGAAGUCUUCGAGGAGUGGCUCAUCGACCACGAGGCUGCAUGCAACAUUGGCAACUGGCAGUGGCUUUCGUGCACGGCAUUCUUCGCGCAAUUCUACAGGUGCUACAGCCCCAUUGCAUUUCCGCAGAAGUGGGAUAAAGACGGUAACUUUGUGAGGAAGUACGUCCCAGAAUUGGAACACUUUGAUAAGAAGUACAUCUAUGAGCCGUGGAAGGCGCCGAUUGUGGACCAAAAGAAAUGGGGCUGUCUCGUCAAGGGAAAUGGGAUCGAGACUGGGGAUGGGAAGCUGAAGAUGUAUCCGAAGCCGAUGUUUGAUUUUGCGACGCAGAGGGAGGUCUGCAUACAGGGCAUGAAGAAUGCGUAUCAGAUUGGGCUCUACGGGAACGAUCCGAAGGUGCUGGAUGGGACGUGGAGGAAGCUGUUCGAUGAUAAUGCGGAGGGGCCGACGGAGGGAUCAAAGGGGCUUCCUGGGGCCCAGGUCGAACACGAGGAUGAGAAUGCGGAAGCAGACGGUACGAAUGGGGAGGAUUCUGCGGCUCCGACUAAAUCGAAGACCGGAAAGACAACGUCCAAGAAGGCGGCUGAGCAGGGCAAAACCGGACAUAAAAGAGAGGCCAGCCAGGGUACACUGGACGGCAUGUUCACACGCAAGAAAAAGAAAGACUAG